AUGAGCUUGGCAAGAGCAGUAAUUGCUUGCAUCCUCUUGGUCGGUGGUAUUCUGUGGUUGGCUCGCACAACGUCGAUCCAGGACCUCAUGCUGAAUGCUGUCGCAUUGAACGCAAUUCUGGAUAUUGACGAGUUCCUGUUCGUCGGCAUGACACCAGCCAAGAUUCAGGAGACGCUUGGGAAGUUAAAGCCCAAGCACGUCAGCAAAGGUCACCUCAGAAGUCAACUGGAAUCUGCGGUGCAUUUUAGUUGCCUGGUCUCGGUUGUGCUCAUCUCCUAUUUCUUGCUUUUGGAGCCUCUUCAACGAAUCAUGUUGAUGGUCAAGACCGAGAUGUGCUACAGCAACCAGACAUUUGUGGUGGCGCACAACACAGACACGCAGAGGACAAUCGGUUUGGUAACGGUGAUGUCCCGAGACCUAAGAAACGAUUCCAUCAGUGAGAUUGCGGUCCGGGCUCAAGAGACGAGCCCAGAUGGUUUCUCCACCUAUAUAAGUUUUGCAUCUGACGUUGAUUCAUUUUCAGAGCGGAGGUCUCGUACUAUGAGAGAGGAAGCUGAUAUUUUUCCCUUUUGCGUGGAGUCUCGGUUGCUGAAUAGCAGCGCAGACAUGUACGGCGAUGCCUCUAUGCAGCCAUUGGCCACGCAGCUUCUGAACACUGCAGCAGCCACGGUCGGACGUACAGGCACAACUUCCUGCUUGGAGCUGAAGGAUCAGUGCAAUCGCCUGAAUGCCCGCCUGUUGCGAUUGGUGUGCGGACAAACAUGUGGAUGCACAGAUCCCUACAGCUCCCCGUGGUACAAGACCGAAGAAACACAAGGCUGUGCUUCCACAUGCCUGCAGAUAGCACGGACGGCCCUGGCCAGCAGCCGCUGUCAAGAUGUGUCGGUGACCAGCGAUGCCUGGCAGGCCUUUUGGUCGCUCUAUCCCGCGGUGGCCCGCGCACAUUUUGGUGAGGGGUCCAAAGCAAGCGCCAGCUUGGAGGUCGUUGUAGGGUAG